AUGGCCACCCCCAAUGUUCUCACUUUUGACGCUGAGGGGAGGGCCAUUGACUUUGCCGUCUGGAUCGAGGAUCUGCAGCUGUACUUACUGUGUGAUGCGGUAGAUGAGGUCUCUCUCUUUGACUUUGUCUCUGGCGCUGUCCCUGCCCCGCCUGCUGAUGCUGACUCUGCCGUUCGCUCCAAGUGGGCGACCCGCGAUGCUGCUGCACGUCUUGCUGUGCGUCGCCACCUCCCUUCCUCUGAGCGUGCCCACUUUAGUCAGUGCAAGACCGCUCAGGCCUUGUACGACGCUGUAGUUGCGCGCUACUCCUCCCCUUCCUCCGCUACCCUUAGCCGCCUCAUGCUACCGUUUCUCUUCCCUGACCUCGCUUCCUUUCCCACUGUCGCUGACCUCGUUACCCACCUCCGCGCUAGUGACACCCGCUACCGCGCUGCCCUUCCUGCUGAGUUCCGCGCUGCGAACCCUCCUCCCAUGUACAUCACUCUCUACUUUCUCGUCACCCGUCUUCCUGAGUCCCUUCGUGUCGUUAGGGACCAGUUUCUCUCUGUCUGUCCCACCACUCUCACUGGGUGUGGUCCCUCCCCCCUGCUGCCCUCUGUCGCCUCUGCCGCUGCGGCCGACCUCGUUGGUUUUGAGUCGGUCGGCGCGGCGUCUGCCCCCAGUGGCAGACGCCGCACUGGCAAGGGCAAGGGGGGCAAGGGAGCGGGUGGAGCCAGAGGGGGCGGUGGAGGAGGCGGUGGGGGUGGAGGGGGGAGUGGGGGUGGCGGGGGGGGUGGUGGCGGGAGUGGAGGUAGUAGUGGCGGCGGUGGAGGCGGAGGUGGCGGCGGAGGUGGUAGCGGAGGAGGCGGUGGGAGCGGUGGGAGCGACGGUCCUGGUGGGGGAGGUGGCGGUGGCGACGGGGGUGGCGGUGGAGGCGGGGGUGGCGGUGGAGGAGGGGGUCGGAGUGGCUCGUCCCAGCGGAGCAGCUCUGGGGGUGGUCAGCGCCAGCAGCAGCAGCAGCAGCAGCCACAGCAGCAGCCGCAGCAGCAGCAGCGCUCUCGCACCGUCCCCGGCCCUCAGCAGCUCCGGGAGAGGUGUGGAGGCGCCCACACAGCCCGUCGCUGCUUUGGCCGCCUGACCGACGCCUGGCGUCAGCAGUUUCCGGAGGCCGCUGAGAUCCCCCGCUGGGGAGAGCUGUCUAGGGCUGGUGUAGCUAUUUAUGAUCUUGAUUUUGAUGCUAUUCUCUCUGCUAUGUAUGCUGUGACUGGUAGUGAUGAGGAUGACUGUUACCGGUGUUUCCCGCCCGACCCGGGCAUUGGUACUGCCGCGUCAGGUACUAGUGAGGCUGCUGCUCUAGGUGCCAGUGCGUCUGUGCUUUCAGGUACUGGUGAGUCCGCCCUCUCAGGUACUGUGUCGGCUUCGGCCUCUCACACCUUCACCCUUGACUCUGGAGCGUCUCGCUCCUUCUUUAGGGACCGCACCACUCUCACGCCGCUGAGUCGGCCUGUUGCGGUGUCCCUGGCGGACCCCUCUGGGGGGCCUGUCCUGUCUCGCUUCUCCACUGUCCUCCCGUGUCCGGCGGCCCCCUCUGGCACCCUGACUGGUCUCUACCUCCCCUCGUUCUCGACGAACUUGGUGAGUGGUGCUGACCUCCAGGAUGCAGGUGUCCACCAGUUCACCCCUGCUCGUCAGCGGGUGACCCACUGUACGGAGGCGGAUACAGGUCGCCACCUGGCUACGUUUACACGUCGGCCGGGGUCGAGCCUGUACACACUGACCACUGCUUCUCCUCCAGGUACUGCGUCUGGUAGGGCCCCUUCGUCUGGUCAGGUGUUUGCUGCAGCGUCCAGGUCUGGUCCUGAGUCUGCCCCUUGUUCGUGUCGUCGUCUGUCUCACGAGACCCUCCUCUGGCACCACCGCCUUGGCCACCCCUCUCUGCUUCGGCUCAGAGGCAUGGCCUCGCGGGUCCUUGUGUCUGGUCUUCCCCGGUCCCUCCCUCCCCUUCCUCCGGGCCCUGGCCCUGCCUGUGUCCCCUGUGUCGAGGGGCGCCAGCGUGCUGCCCCUCACUCCUCCCAGUUUCCUCCGACAGAGGCCCCGUUGCAGACGCUUCACUUGGACGUGUGGGGCCCAGCCCGCGUCCGUGGACAGGGUCAGGAGCGCUACUUCCUGCUAGUGGUUGACGACUACUCGCGUUACACCACAGUCUUCCCCUUGCGCAGCAAGGGUGAGGUCACUCAGGUGUUGAUCGACUGGAUCCGCGCAGCUCGUCUUCAGCUUCGGAGAAGCUUUGGCUCUGACUUCCCUGUCUUGCGUCUGCACUCGGACAGAGGCGGAGAGUUCUCCUCGGCCCUCCUGAGUACCUACUGUCGUGUGCGAGGCAUCCGUCAGACCUUCACGCUUCCGGACUCACCACAGCAGAAUGGGAUCGCUGAGCGCCGCAUUGGCAUGGUCAUGGACGUCGCUCGUACGUCCAUGAUGCAUGCGGCUGCUCCCCAUUUUCUGUGGCCGUUUGCGGUCAGGUACGCUGCGCACCAGAUCAACCUCCACCCCAGGGUCUCUCGACCGGAGACCUCCCCAGCUCUGUUGUGGACGGGGAAGGUUGGCGAUGCGUCGGCGUUCCGGGUCUGGGGAUCUCGGGCGUUUGUUCGCGACCUGUCUGCGGACAAGCUGUCCCCUCGUGCUUCUCCCUGCGUCUUCCUCGGGUUCCCCCCCGACGCCCCUGGGUGGCAGUUUUACCACCCCACCUCUCGACGUGUUCUGUCCUCCCAGGACGUCACGUUCGACGAGUCGGUACCCUACUACCGCCUCUUCCCCUACCGCACUCCGUCCCUCCCCCCACCCCCCCUCUUCUUGGUACCAGGUCCCCCCCCAGUAGUCCCCCUCCCCCCUCCGGGUCCUGCCCCUUCAGGUGUGUCUCAGGUAGAUGCGGUCGAGCCUGUCGAGGUCACUGGUGACUCCGGUGCUGCUGCGGGAGCUGAGCCUGGGGGUGCGGAGUCUAGGGGAGCUGAGCCUGGGGGUGCGGAGUCUAGGGGUGCUGAGCCUGGGGGUGCGGAGCCUGGGGGUGCGGAGUCUGGGGGUGCUGGGCCUGGGGGUGCUGAGCCUGGGGGUGCUGAGCCUGGGGGUGCUGUGUCUGGGGGUACUGAGCCUGGGGGUGCUGAGCCGGGAGGUGCCGAGCCUGGAGGUGCUGUGCCUGGGGGUGCUUCGUCUCACCGGGAGCCGCUCUCUCCACAGGAGCUGCGUGAGUGGUUUGCCCGGCGCUGGAGGCGUGCCGCUGGUGCUGGUGGUUCUUCGGCUGCGGAGGGCGCUGCUGCCACGCGACCUGGCGGUGCUCGUCCUGUGAGUGCUGGAGCUGCUGGGUCUGAGUGUUCUCCUGGCGCUGGUCCUGCUGAGGACGUUGGCGCUGAGCCUGCGGUUGGUGGUCCGACUGACGGUGCUCCUGGUGCUGCUGCUGGAGGUUCUGGAGCUUCUGGUGGUUCUGCUGGAGGUGCUGCUGGAGUGGGUGCUCCUGCCGGCGGUGCUGGUGCUGUUCCUGCUGUUUCUGGCGUCGCCGCGCGGCCUCGACCGUACUUCGUUCCGCUCCUGCAGCAGGUUCUUGGUCUUACACCUCCUCCUCCUUCCUUAGAGGGUCCGCAGCCUGUCCGGUCACAGCCACAGCUUCAGCCUGCCUCCCCUUUGCCUGCUCCUUCUCCCUACGCUGGUCCGACUGGAGGUCUUACUGAGCGUCGUGAGCCUGCGUCUCGUCCUGCGUCGCCUGUUCGUACUGAGCGCGCUAGUGGUCGCGGGUCGCGUCAGCGUCCUCCUCCUGUCCCUGGCACGCACCGGAUGUCACUGCGUCCGUCCACUGCUCCUCUGCGUGCCCCUUUGCCUUCUCCUCCUGCUUCCUCUCUUCCUGCUCUUGCCGACCCGGAGUCGGACUCUCUUCGUGCUGCCAGUCCUACUGUCACGCGUCUCCUUGCUACUGCUGUCACUGACCCUUCCUUCGAGUCGUCUGCUGCGUCUGCCCUUGUCACUGAGCUUGUCGACUUUGCUGCGCGCUGUCGUCUAGACUACGCUGCUCGUCUUGUCGCUGAGUCUGAGUCCGCCUGUCCUCCGUCCGUCGGGGGUGAGUGUGCCCUUGGCACGGACGUCCUAGAGGACAGGCAGGAGGAGUUCCAGUGUCUAGCCGCUGCUUCACCUCGUCUCGCGUCUGUACUGCUAACCCCUGAGGGAGACCCGGAUGCACUAGACAUCCCGACUCCGCGUUCUUACGCGGAGGCCGUAGAGGGUCCCUACUCCUCUCAGUGGCAGGCAGCUAUGGAUGCAGAGAUGGCUUCCUGGAAGUCCACAGGCACCUACGUUGACGCGGUUCCCCCUCCUGGGGCGAACAUCGUCAGUGGCAUGUGGAUCUUCAGGGUGAAGCGGCCGCCGGGCUCGCCGCCUGUCUUCAAGGCGCGUUACGUGGCUCGUGGCUUCAGUCAGCGGCAGGGAGUUGACUACUUUCAGACCUUCUCUCCCACCCCGAAGAUGACCACUCUUCGGGUGCUGCUGCACAUUGCCGCUCAGCGCGACUACGAGCUUCACUCUCUCGACUUCAGCACUGCGUUCCUGCAGGGUAGCCUGCACGAGGAGAUCUGGCUGCGCCGUCCGCCUGGCUUCACUGGGACUUUCCCUCCUGGCACCCAGUGGAGCCUCCGACGGCCAGUCUACGGUCUCCGCCAGGCACCGCGUGAGUGGCACGACACACUGAGGACUACGCUUGCGGCUCUUGGGUUUGCUCCUUCUACUGCUGACCCGUCGCUGUUUCUUCGCACCGACACUUCCCUGCCGCCGUUCUACAUCCUCGUGUACGUCGACGACUUGGUCUUUGCCACAGCGGACACUGCUGGACUCGCCUACGUGAAGUCCGAGCUGCUGAAGAGACACACGUGCACAGACCUGGGUGAACUGCGCAGCUACCUUGGCUUGCAGAUCACUCGGGACAGAGCACGCCGCACCAUCACCCUGACUCAGUCACACAUGGUGCAGCAGGUCCUUCAGCGCUUCGGCUUCACGUACUCCUCGCCUCAGGCCACUCCUCUGCCUACUCGCCACUCACUCUCAGCUCUGCCUUCGGAUGAGUCCGUAGAGUCGAGUGGUCCGUAUGCAGAGCUUGUUGGCUGCCUCAUGUACCUGAUGACCUGCACUCGACCUGACCUUGCAUACCCUCUGAGCAUCCUUGCACGCUAUGUUGCUCCUGGGAGACACCGACCAGAGCACAUGGCUGCAGCGAAGAGGGUAUUGCGCUACCUGUGCAGUACGUCGGGCAUGGGGCUAGUGCUUGGAGGGCGGAGUCCAGUGGUCCUUACUGGGCACGCAGACGCUUCUUCGGCUGACGACCAGGCUACGCAGCGGUCGUCACAGGGUUACACCUUCAGCCUUGGUUCCGGCUCUGUCUCGUGGCGGUCUACUCGCUCGUCUUCGGUUCUCGGCUCCAGUUGUGAGGCUGAGAUCUACGCCGGGGCCAUGGCUGCACAGGAGCUUCGCUGGCUCACCUACCUGCUGACUGACCUUGGAGAGCUGCCUCGUUCUCCUCCAGUGCUGUACGUAGACAACAAGGCCAUGUUGGCCUUGUGUCGAGAGCAGCGCUUGGAGCACAGAACGAAGCACAUUGCUCUCCGCUACUUCCUUGCUCGUGAGCUGCAGCAGCGUGGUCAGUUGCGACUUGCUUACGUGGCCUCUGAGGCCAACACUGCUGAUGUGUUCACCAAGGCACUUGCGCCUUGCGACCAUCAGCGCUUUUGUACCCAGCUGGGUCUUGUACCUGUCUUGCCUCACUUGCUCUCUUCUUGA